AGCGCAGCGGCGGCGAUGGAGCCCCGGUCCCGGUUGUAGGACGCGAUCGGGCCGGGACGGACCAUGAGCGAUGACCCGACACCCUGGGACAACGCGACGGAGAGCGCCACGGCGGUGCCCGGCGAGGUGUCCCCCCAGGAUGGGUACGUGCUGCUCCUCGCCCUCCUCUCCAUCUUCAUCGGGGGCACCCUGGUCCUGCUCUCCGGCGUCCUGAUCAUCUGCCGCCGGUGCUGCGAGGCCGACCGCCGGCACUCCAGAGCCAGCGAUGACCCCGAGAAAACCAACACCACCUACCUGGAUGACUCGCAGCCAGCGCAGGAUAUCACCAUCAAAGUGGAGGACCCCGAGUGCCUGUCAUCCUCCAGCUACCGGGAUGCAGAGAGCGAGCGGUUCCUGUCCUCCAGCUCCUCCACCGCCCGCCGCGUCUCCUUCAACGAGGCCGCGCUCUUCGACCAGGGCAAGAAGACCCAGGAGAAGGGGAGGAGGUACACGCUGACAGAAGGGGAUUUCCACCACCUGAAGAACGCCCGGCUGACCCACCUGCACCUCCCGCCACCCGCCCUCAAGAUCGUCACCAUCCACGAAUGUGAGUCCAGUGAGAACAGCCUGGCCAUGACCCCCCGCCUGCCCCCGCCGAAGCCCAGCCUCGCCAUCUUCCAGACCCCCGGGGGGACCCUGCCCCAAUCGGUGCUCCUCAGCCAUGCCAUGUGCCCCAGCUCUGCCCUGCCCGGGGACACCUACAACUCCACCGUGGACACCAGCUUCACCGAGGCCAGCCCGUCCGCCUCCGCCUCCUCUGACUCCGGGGAGGGCCCCUCGUUCUCAGCAGUGCCCAGGAGUGGGAAGGCGGCUGGGGUGGGCGGUGGCAGCCCCGGCCAGCCCGCCCCGGCCCCCGCACAGGGCACGGUCCUGCAGUUCUUCACCCGCCUGCGCCGCCACGCCAGCCUGGACGGGGCCAGCCCCUACUUCAGGAUCAAGAAGUGGAAGCUGGAGAGCACCCAGCGGGCGUCCAGCCUGGACACGAGAGGGUCCCCAAAGCGGCGGCAGUUCCAGCGCCAGCGGGCGGCCAGCGAGAGCAUGGACCAGGAAGACCGGGACCCUCACCAGACCGACAUCAUCCAGUACAUCGCCCGCACGGAUGACGUGGCCUUUCACCCCACCAGCGGCCCCUUCCUGCCCUCCCCCGCCAGCCCCCCACCCUCUCUCGGCAGGCUAGAGCCAAGCGAGGGGGGCACAGGCAGCCCUGGCGAGGCCGGUGUCCCCGAGCCACCCAGCGCCUACCACGACAUCUGGAGCCUGCGCGCCUCGCUGGAGCUUUACGCCUCCUCCGAGCGGAGCAACGACCAGGACUCGGUGCGCAGCGACGGCGGGGACAGCGUCUCCUCCGCCAGCGGCGUGGCUCCCUGCCCCUCCUCCUCCCUGGAUGAGGCUGAAGGCCCCGAGGAGAAGCUCUGGGGUCGUCCCAAGCCGGAGGAGUCGGAGCCUGGCACGCGCAAGCUGCUGCAGAUGGACAGUGGUUACGCCUCCAUCGAGGCGCCCAGCCGGGGGGGCGAGGAGGGGCCCCCCAAGGACCAAACGGCCUCUGAGAAGCGCAUUUGCUUCACCAGCGCGGGGCGAAAAGGCACCAUCUUCGAGAGCUUCGAGGGCCGGGAGCCAGAGGAGGAGGAAGAGGAAGAAGAGGAGGAGGAGGAAGACGAGGGCAGCACGGCCCGGGGCGCGGUGGGCGGGGGACCCCCUCGUCCCCACAGCCCCCUGGCCUGGUCCCCGUACGGGCAGAUGUUCCCAGGGCGGGACGCGCUGCCCCGGCGGGACUACAGCAUUGACGAGAAGACAGACGCGCUGUUCAACGCCUUCGUGCGCCACGACCCUCAGUUCGACGAGUCUCCGCUGCGGGGGAAGCACCGCUCCCGCACCCACCUCCGCAAGCAGUGGCAGCACGCCAAGCAGUACAGUGACCCCGGCGUGCGGUACCCGGCGCUGGAGCGGCACCGCACGCCCCUGCGCCGGGGGGACAGUGCCAACUACCCCCUGGACACCCGCUUCCACAGCCCCCUGCCCCGCAUCGUCAGCGCCGGCGACGAGGAGGCGGCAGAGGCGGCCGACGGGGUCCCCCCCGCCCCGGCACUGCCCGACCCUGAGAUCCAGGUGAUUGUGGAGGAGCCCGGAGAGGCGGCCCCAGAACCCAAGGCUGGGUCUGAGCCCCCCGGGGAUGACGACUGCCCCGGCCCUGGGAGGUGCCUGGGGCUGGGCUCCGGCUUGGAGCUGAUGGACAAAAUCGCCGGCGGGCUCGAGGAGCGGCUCUAUGGGCACCUGAGGAAAGAGGCAGAGAGCGCCGAGCACGCGGUGGCCGUGGCCAGCGAUGCCCCCCCCGACCACAGCCCUGUCUAGGCCUGGAGUAAGGGGAGACCCGGCGUGGGGGGGUUCGGGGCUCCAUCCCCUCCUGCCGCUGGCGUGGGGACCAGCCCAGGGCACCACGGGAAGGGUGGCCCCAGCACGGGGAGGCCAGGAGGGCACCGGGGGUCCCCUGGCUGCACCCCCCCCCCCCGCGGGGUCCGGUAGCGUGGGGUGGCCGAGCCCCCUCGUUCCUGGGAGCGAGGUGCCAGGUGGUGGCUGAGGGCCCAGGCCUGGGGUGCCUGGGGGAGUCCCAGAGGACCGGGGUGCAGAGAUGCAGCAGCUCCUUGGCAGGAGGUCAGUGCCGAGGGACUUGCUAAUAGACCCCCCGCCCAGCUGAGGCCUAAUCCUUACCUCACCAGAGCCGUGUAGCAGAGACGCUCUCCCCCCUCUCCGGUUUUUUACAAGCAAUAAUGCCCCCUGUCCGGCCAGGGAACACCCUGGUGAGGAAGGGGCCGGAGCUGGGGGAUGCUGUGGUGCCACCCUGGAGGGAGGACAGUUAUUUGGGAAGAGGGAGUCACCUCCUCAAGCCCAUAAAGCCGCCGGUGCUGCAGGAUCCUGGGAUCUCAACUGGAAGCAGGGGCCUGAAGCUGCUGUGCCAGGGCAGGAGGAUGCUUGAGGGGCUCAUGCAUCCCCCCCAGGGGCAGGGGUGAGCCCUGGGCCCCACAGCAGCAUCCUGAGGUCUGGGGAGGCAGGGCCACCCUGGGUAUCCCCUGCAAGUAGCCCCUAUAGGGGUGGGGGCUGCCUGUCACCUGCCCCCGGUGCUGUCCCCUCUGUUCAGAGGAGAGCAGAGUGUGGGGCUGGGUCAGCAUGUGGUGACCCCCAAGUGCUGAGCACCCCCUGCCCUCCCUGGGAGCUCAGUGCAGGGCUCGAGGUGUUCAGAGGGUAUUUAUUGAUUUUUACAGAGGUGGAUGCUGCUGCUCCAGGGGAGGGCUUUGCUUUUUAUUGGGUUUUUAUUUGUGUUUCAAACAAUGGCUGAAAAAAGGGGAAAAAAAAAAAGCCCCAGAUGUGUUACCUGGGGGUUGGGGCAGGCGGGGGGGGCCAGUGGGGCCCAGCCCAGGGCCCCCCCGUGCCCCUCCACAGCCCCCCCAUUGCAUGCAAGUAGAGGCCGGGUCGCUCCUUCCCUCUGCCAAGUCUCUGUCCAAAGCACU